CUGACCUUGUUAGGUUAGGUGGCUUGUUGUCGAAGUCUAUGACGCCGAUGGUGUAUUUUGACGUGGCGACUACGUAUUCUGCUAAAUUAUCCACUCAGUUGCGGCAAAGUUGGUGACGAAAAAUACGUAACUGUAAUGUCUGACGGCAGUGGAGCUCACGGGGAGCUUGAAAAUGGAUCGCACGGCUUGCCAGUAAUCCAGGUGUCUAUCCCGAACCAACCCGUACAAGUCCAGUCAGUCAUUCAGUCAAAUCAACCAUCAGUCAUCCAUACUGCAGGGAACUUGGGCAAUGUUCAGACCAUCCAAGUAGUGAGGGUUGCUGCAGUAGAGGAUGAGCUGACAGCUGAAGAUCACGAUGCAGAUGCUAAAAAAAGGAGAGAAAUUCUUGCAAGAAGACCAUCAUACAGAAAAAUAUUUAAUGAACUUUCAUCACCUGUUUCGAAAAUGGACGAAGAAUCAAACAGUAGUCAGAGUCAAGACGGUGAAAUUAACGAGGCAGCACAGAAUCUGACCAGUUCUGCAAAUUCAGUAUAUCAACAAGCUACAGUGUUACCAUCAGGAGCUAUACAGAUAACAACACACCCAGAAGGAGUGGCAGUUUCCCAAGGUCUGCAAACACUCACCAUGAGUAAUUCAGGGACGGCAACAACCAAUGCUGGAGCAACAAUAGUUCAGUAUGCUCAAGGGCCAGAUGGCCAGUUUUAUAUCCCAGGCACGGUGGCCGUUGGCGGAACAAAUGUCCAGGCAUAUCAGAUAGCAACGGCUGGUGCUCUACCUCAGGGAGUGGUCGUAGCAGGAGCGGGUAGUCCAAUACAGAGCUCAGGCGGCCAUGGUGAAGAGGCAUCACGGAAAAGAGAGUUACGGCUCUUGAAAAAUAGGGAGGCAGCCAGGGAAUGUCGGCUAAAGAAGAAAGAAUAUGUGAGAUGUCUGGAGAACAGAGUGGCAGUGCUUGAGAAUCAAAACAAGACCUUGAUAGAGGAGCUGAAAGCCUUGAAAGAACUCUACUGCCAGAACGACGGCUGAACUCUCAGUUCAACUGAAGCUAUGUACUUUAACAGGUCUUAUCCUAAGAAGAACUUGUUCCCUUCCGGCCCAUUUACAGGCUCGGAUAUCACUUCACAAGUGUUGAACAAGAGAAUAAGAUCAACAGUGUUGUGUUGGUGAUAAAGCAAUGCUCGUUUUUCUGUCAUCUUUGUAGAAUGUGUUCCCACCUGUUGAGGUUGUCGUGAGUUUGGAAGCGACUCUUGUGAUUGUAUGAUAUGUUGCGUUGUGAUCUUGAACCAAUUUGAGGUUGAACUUGAGGCAUUCAUAGUGCUACUCCACGUACAGACAGAUGCAUGCUGCUGUGUAACAUGUAGGUCGUCAGAGAGUUUUAUCCAUUGUAAAUAAUAACACAUUCAUUUGGGUGGAUUGUAUGGUCUCCCUGGUCCCGACUUCAUCACUAUCAUUAAAUUAUUAAUCAUCUCUCAUCAUUUUACUUCACACUACAGACAUAACAUGGCAAUCUGUUUCAUCAUAUUUUGUCAUUACAUAAUUUUAAUGUAAUAGUUCUUGUACAUUGUACAUGUAGUUAUCAUUGCACCUAAAGUUGACACAAAAUCUUCAGUAGAAGGUAACAUCUUUCUCAUAACUGUUAUAUUUUUUCAGUUAUUAAUGUGAUAGAACAGGGUGUCACCAUUAAAAUUGGAAACAAAAUUUGACUUCUCAUUAACAAAGAUUCGUAUUUUGUGGUAAUUUUUAUAUAUGGCUGAUAAGUUUUGAAGAUUGAUUUGAACAUGUCAUUUUUAUUAUAAUUUUUUUAUAUUACUUAAAUACUAAUAAUAUAUUAGAGUGGAAAGAAAUGACAGUUACAUCCAGUUGUGACUCGUAAUGAUAUAUAAUUACAAACUUUCCGAAUUUAUACGAUUUACUGUAUUCUGAUUGGCUGACAUCACUAAAAAACCAAGCGUUAUCCUUCCAUAAACCUCAUAAAAAUACGUCAUCACGGAAGA